AAGAAGCCACGGGCAUCUCUGCCUCUUUGCUGAGGCUCUGCCACCCUCUCCGGGCUUUCUCUGCUUCACUGUCACUGUUCCUGCGGGAGACACUCACUUUUCACCAACCUUCUCCAAGCAUCUCCAAGCCACUGACUAUGUAUAUUUUGCUACAAGAGACCUAGAAGAGGAAAAAAAAGCACAAGACUUUUCAACACGUUGUGUCGUUCGGAAAAAAAAAAAAAAAAAAUCAACAACGAAUUUCCCGAAAUGUUUGGGAACAAUUAAAAGGAAAAGGCGCUUUUGAUCUAUCAGCUAAGUAAACAAUCAUUCAUAUCGUCCACAUCCUGAGAUAUUAUCGUCCCUCGCUGUGGACACCGGCGAGAUGACAGCUGCUUUUUCAUAUUUGAAUGUAACAAAUAUUUUCUGCUUUUGAUAUAUUUCGGAAUUUCCCCCCCUGUACCCUGGAAUUUUAACUCUAAAAGAUUGAAGAAAAGAUUAUCAAAAAGGCUUUUACAAGCCUCCAAAAUGAUGCUGAGUCCGGACCAAGCCGCCGACUCGGACCACCCCAGCUCGGCACACUCGGAUCCGGAGUCGCUGGGCGGCGCGGACGCCAAGGUGCUGGGCAACGUGUCGGACCUGGAGCCGGUGGAGGAGGCCGAGGGCGACGGCAAGGGCAGCAGCCGGGCCGCACUCUACCCGCACCCGCAGCAGCUAAGCCGCGAGGAGAAGCGCCGCCGCCGGCGCGCCACGGCCAAGUACCGGUCGGCCCACGCCACCCGCGAACGCAUCCGAGUGGAGGCCUUCAACCUGGCCUUCGCGGAGCUCCGCAAACUGCUACCCACGCUGCCCCCGGACAAGAAGCUUUCCAAGAUCGAGAUCCUGCGCCUGGCCAUCUGCUACAUCUCUUAUCUCAACCACGUCCUGGACGUGUAAGGUCGGGCGCGCCGCCGGAGCCCGUGGGUCCGGAUGUCGGGGGAACGCGACGGACCCGAGAGGCCCCGCUGGGCUGGCGGUGGAGGCGGCGGCCCAGCGGGAGACUUGGAUCGGAGAAGAGUAUCAACAUGUUGCGUUCUCUCCGAUCAGCAGGGCGACAAGGGAAGGUUUCCGACUCUGGAGGAGGGGUUGUCUGGCGAGCCUGGGGCUUGCUGGGGCUAUUUUCCAAGCCGGGCAGACCUCCUGGAGGCACUGGAGAUGAGUGGCAUCCAGGCCUACCCUUCCUGUGUUAGGAUCCCUUUAAAGGUGGUUCAUUUAGCUCACUGGAGACCUGGAAUUCUCCUUAGUUUAUCUCCCACGAAUCUUCAAAUUUUGAAAAAAUGAAGGCAGAAGUUCGGAGUACAGUCUCAUAACUUUAGACUACCUAGAUUUUUUUAAAUUGACAAAUCACCAAACAUUCAGAGAGGGAAGGAAGGGACUCUUCUCCAGGGUAGAGAUUGUAGGCACAUUAAAUUGGAACAGGAAACUUUCCAUUCCAAUAUGCAAAGAAAGAUUAGAUUAGAAUCCAAAUACAACUGACGAACCCUAUAUAUUUGGUAAGGUCAAAAAGAUACACGGAGAACAGAUAUCUUGUGGGAAGAUCUGAGCUUGGUGAGAAUCGAACCCUGAGGUGCGACACUAAUAUAGACAGGAAGAUCCAUAUUUAAGUGGAAAACUUAAUAUCUGACUGCUUUUUUCAGGCGAAGUGCUCCUUUAUAUAUCCAAAAACAUCUAUUUGUGACCUUAAACAUGUGGACCCAUAGGUGCAGUUAGAAAAAGACAACCUAUUUUUAUUUAUGUUAGAAGGAGUAGAGUAUUUUUUCCAAGACAUUUAUUUUUCAGAGUGGUGAUACUUUUACUUUGGAUACUCUGUGCCAAUUUAUUUAUAGUCAAGUGUUUACACUUUUUCCUGUGGAAUAAUUAUGUCUAACUUUUUAUGUGUUUGUUGAGAUUAUACUAUGGUCUUUCUUUUGGCUCUAAUUAUAUUGCACUUGCGUAACAAAUCCCCCACUUCUCCCUGUUUCUAAACAUAUUUUAUAUAUUAAGAUGUUUGUUCUUGAA